AUGCGGCUCGUCCAAACAUUUUGGAGAAUAUGUGGUAUAUUCACAAUCGAUCUGACUUACAACAAAUUUCAAUAUGUAUUUUCCGUACUGCUAAUGGCUACGUGUGUAUACAACUAUAUUACUGCGUCUGAAACAUUAUGCAAGCUGGAUCAUAGCUGGUGUGAAAUUUUCUCAAAGCCAAUGACAGGAAUGUACACUAGGGUAUUAGCUUUUACGACUUUCUUGUCUAGAAUAGCAAUUGUGGUUCAAUCCAAACAUCAUCUAUUUAAAUAUAAAGCGACCAUUAAAGCCUUUGAAAUUUAUUCGCCGACCUCUACAACAGGAUUCAGGGAAUAUAAAUUAUUUUCAUUUGUUAUAGUUUUUCUAUGUCUGGUCACAAUUUUACCGAUAAACAUCAGCCGACUAUAUCACUUGUAUUAUUACGAGACUCAUAAUGAUAAUUCAUUGUUAGUUUACUAUCUGUUCAUAUACAUUCAAAAUUUAAGUAUGUGUUGUAUUGAAACGCAAUUUGUUAGUCAAUGUUUUAUAAUAUACAUUAAAUUUCGGGAGAUUAAUGGCGAUAUGAAAAAAUUGAAAGACGAAAACUUUAAUUAUGAUAAAUACCCUUUUAUCAUGGGUUUCUCAGCGGUGGCAUAUAAAGAUUAUAAGACAUCUUUACAGUGUGUGAGAUAUGACAAAGACUUUUACAAGCCGCCCUUCGUGAGUCAUCCAAUGGCCAAUACGGUGGAAAUAUUUAGAAUUAAACACUGGCUCACUCGCCAAGCUGUUGAUAUCCUGAACAAUUUAUUUGGAUUUCACAUGGGACUUUCGGUGUUUUUGUUGUGGGUAAUGGCUUUGUUUGAUAUUUAUUAUGAAAUAUUUCGAAACGCUCCGUCAAAAAUAUUGGUCUACUGUUGGUUAUUGCAGUACUGUUUAAGAAUGUUUAUGAUUAUUCUAAUACCACAUUAUACAACAAAACAGGUAAGCAAUAAUUCAUUUAAAAUGAUAUACUUAAAUAAUUAAUUUUUAUAAUAUUACGUAGACAAUACUUAUAACUGAUAAUGACUAGAUCCUGUCCAUCUGGGGUGGGAGAAUUGAAUAAUGCAUUAUUUAUUAACAUUGCACGUUUUAAAUAUUUAAAAAAAAAAAAUAAUAAUAAAAACAAGGACGGAUAUACUUCGCACAUGGGCGCAGCCACUAUUGUAGGUGGGAAGUUGGGAAGGUAGGAUACAGACGGGAAUUUAAUGUUUAACCACUACUAUCGAAAAAACGAUUCUGAACUGAAUUCAGUUGAUAGUGUUGCUUUGUCAAUAAUAUAUAUGUUACGGCAAAAUAAUUAUAACAAUGUGCAUCUCCAUGAUAACAAUAAUUGUUUGAAAAAUAUUAAAAUAAGAAAAACAAAUAAAUACGGUUGCCAAUGACAACCUCAUUUUUAAUCUUUCAAUCUUCUUUAACCUAAAGAACCGGAUUUUCCUUGUUAUCUCGAAUAUUAAUGAAAAUUUCAAAAAAGGUGCUUUACUUGGAAAUCAGAGUAAGCUUUAUAGUAGAAAAAGUGUUCAUAUAAAAAAAAAAUAAAAAAUACACAUCUUUGUACAACUAAUACAUUCUUCGCUAAACUCAGAAUCUAAAAUACAAUAAAUUAGUAUCUACAUAGAUGGUCAAAAAAUAUGAAAAUAUAAUUAUUAAAUUACAGUUAGUAGGUAUAAACUAACCUAUAAUAUUUAACUUGGGUCACUGGGAGAAUAUUUGUCUGCCUUCAUUAUUUGUUAUAAACCAGCAAUUGUUAUUUUAUUUUACUCUAUAUCAUACCUUUAUAUAUAUAUUUGGCUCAUUACGAACAAACACUCAUGAGUGUUUUACAUUAAAUUAAUCACUCGGUACACUAUUGUUAUUUGUUCUAUAUUACUUUGUUAUUUUGCACUGUAUUAUUGUUAUAACUAUCUGAUUGUCAAAUGUAAAAUAAAAUAAAUAAACUUACUAACUUAAAGUAUUUACUGUAAAUACGUAUAAGGUAUGAACAAUAUUCCUAAUGCAAUGAUAAUAAUUAUAGGCAAUGAAAUCAAAAUCAUUAAUUGCAGACACAAAUAAUCGAAUGCUUGAUAAUAGUACAAAAGAUGAGGUAAGACGCUGUAAUAUAGUUUUUAUAAUAUGUUUUAGUGAUGGUGAGCCACUUUUUCUAAACACUAUAUUUCGAUAUUUUCAUACUCCAGACAUUUUUAUCUCGAAAAUAACUGGUCAAGUAUAGAUUUGAAAAAACAUCGAUAUUCGAUAUCGGCUUAUGAUGAUAUUCGCCACUAAUAUUUGUGUACCUAUUUACUUAGCAUUAAUUAUUUUAAACAUUUGUAAAUUUGUUUGUUAUUUAUACGGUUUUAUAGCUGCAGUUGUUUAUGAAUCAGAUACGUAAUCAUUCCGUCGAGUUCACUGCGUACGAUUUCUUCACUUUGAACACCCAAAUUAUUAAAUCAGUAAGUUCACAAAUUAAUUACAAUAAUACUAACCUCAAGUGUACUGUUUAAAAUAAUUAAUAUGUUUGUAUACAUAUGAUAUAACUAUUUUCAGUGGCGGAUACAAGGUGGGCAGCAGGACGACCGUCCCCCUCCCCUUAAGCCGCGUUUUUACUUAAUUCUUAUAUUCUAUUACUAGCAAAAGAGUAAAGUAAGUAAACAUUUAUUUUUAAUAAUAAAUCCACCUCAUUCCUUUAAUAACCCCUGGAUCCGCCAUUGACUAUUGUGGUAUAUAAGUAAUGAUGAUUCAUAUCAUUGAUUUUAUAACUGUCGUCUGUGUUAUAAUAAUAAAAUAGUAGACUUCUAUAAAAUCAAAGGUAUACUGCACCCUUGCACUAUACAUAUUAUGUAUAGUGCAAGUGUGAAGUGAUAUCCACUUUAUUUAUUAAUGGUAAUAAUAUUUUAAAACGAUGAUUAUUUAACUUAUCUAUCAGCUGUACACAUUUCAAAUUACUUUUCAAAAAUAUCUAAAAUAAUAUUAAAUUAAAUUAAAAAAUGUGCGUGUAUAUAUUUUUUUUUUUAUAGGCCAUAGCUGCUGGUUUGACUUAUUUGGUUAUAUUAAUACGAUUCCAUUCAUAA